GCGGGGGGGGGGCAGCGGCAGGAUGCUGGGGCCGAGCGCGGUGGUGCGCAGCGGGGGGCUGCUCUCGGCCGCCCGCCUGGGCUGCCACGUGCGGGAGGAGGACGUGGGGCGACGCGAGACCUUCAGCGCCGAGUGGCUGGACCUGGAGCUCAGCACCCGGCCCGAGGAGGGGUGGUGCCGGCGGGAGGUGGACAAGCAGCACCGGGAGACGCUGGAGCAUCGCGGGGAGACGCGGGUGCUGCAGCAGCGCUCGCCCUGGGGGCUGCUGCGGGUGGGGUGCCUGGGGCAGCCCCUGGCCCAGCACCUCCUGCCCUACGCCCGCACCCUGCCCCUGCCCCUCUUCGCCCCCCCGGACCUCCGCGGCACCAAGGCGGGGGUCCCCCGCACCCUCUCCCGCUCCCUCUCCCACGAGGCCCAGAGGGGCUGAGGGUGACGGUGGGGCUGGGGCGGGGGGGUGGCAGGGAUGGGGGGGUUGGGGGGCAGGAGGCUGAUGCUGGGGGGUGACGGGGGGACCCGGCCGCCUGUGUCCUCUCGGCCACCCCGAAGAGCAGCGCAGGAGGGUGGGGGCAAGUGGGGGGUGGGCUCCCGCUCGCCCGGGACCCCCACCCCGCAGCGGGUGUCGUGGAGGCCGGCGGGGACGGGGCGCCCGUGGUUCAGGGGACUCCCAGCAGCACCGGGCGCGACUCAGUUUCCCUGGCAAAGAGAAGGGGGUGCAAGGAUGGGGAGCGCUGAAUCUUCUUCCUCCUCCCCCGCCCCGGAGCCAUUGGGGGGGCUGUGGAGGGGCGGGGGGGGGCUGCGGCAAGUCGCUCCGUGGGGUUGUACAAACAAUGGUCUUUGUACGGCAAUAAAAUGCCCGGCCUGGA